AGCUCUUCCACACCCAUCUGACAAGAAUACAGUUCCGGGGUUUUCCUCUCUUCUGUGUUUAGCAGCAGAGAGCUCCUGCAGCUCUGUCGCCGCGGUCUCAGGUCGGUACGAUGUCUCUUUUACUGGACAAUCAAUUUAAAGAACUUCCUGCAGACAGGUCUAUUGACACGAAGACAUUCUUGGACAAUGUGUCGACCCUGCCUUCGUUUUUCGACUGCUUGGGAUCAAAAGUAUUCUCAAUCAUCAAAUCUGACAUUAAUGGGAAUAUAACGAAAAUUAGAGCAGUUUAUGAUCAGGAUCCUGCAAAGUACGUCACCUUGCAGGAUAUUCUGGAAACGGAGCAAGAAACCUACAAAGCAGAAUGGCCAAAAGUUGGAGCAACAUUAGCUCUGAUGUGGCUCAAGAGGGGUCUUCGUUUCAUACAGGUUCUGCUGCAGAGUUUGGCUGAUGGAGAGAGAGAUGAGAACAACCCCAACCUUAUUCGGGUUAAUGUCACCAAAGCCUAUGAGCAGGCUCUGAAAAAAUACCACGGCUGGAUUAUUCAAAAAAUAUUUCAUGCAGCACUAAUUGCAGCUCCCUACAGAUCAAACUUCCUCAAGGCCCUGUCAAAGGGAGAAGAAGUGAAAGACGAGGACUGUCUGGCAAAUGUGCGUCUCUUCCUGGUAAAUUACACGGUCACUGUAGAUGCCAUCUAUGAGAUGUACACAAAUCUAGACGCGGAGCUGGAUUACACAGUUUGAUGUCUGAGGACGAAACUGGGCUGGAGGUUCAGGAGUGACUCAUGACUCCUUCAGGGUGUAACUCAAGUCCAGUUCUCAAAGGUUCUUAAAAAGGGUUGUUUUGUUUUUGUUCUAUUUAUUAUUCUGAUUAUGCCUUAAUCAAUAUAUUUUAUGUAUGUUUCAUCUUACAAAUAUGCUUAUACCUUAAACUGAAAGAAAAAUGUAGUUGAAGGUGCUUUGUCACAGGAUUACUCAAGUUAACUAUGCUGCUCUCGAUUCUAUAGCCAUGAUUUUGUAACUGUUGGUUUAGCUGCCUUAUUUUUGAAAUGACCGUGUGCCUUUUACCUUUUCCACUGUAACCUACAAACCCUUUCAUCAAAAAAAAAAAAAAAACAUAUUCCUGUCACCUUCACAGGUUUAAUCCUCUGGUUUCUGAUCUCUUCUGAUCACCAAUAAUCUUGUUUUUGCUGAAUAAAAUUUGGAAUGUUUUCAUUAAAUUUUAUUAGCAUGCUGUUAUGUUUCACUUUCAUAUUUUUGUGUGAAAUGUGCUUCAACUGAAGAUGCUGCUGAAUGUUGUUUGCCAUUACUGCAGUGUCCCUUUGUGUUGCCUUGGAUGUCUUGUAACCUGUUUAUAAUCAUCAUGUGUGGCAGCAUGUCAUUUUCACAAAUAUUAAAAUGUAUUAAAGAGAUAUUUUCUGAAUGAAUGCACUAAGAAUAAAUAGGCUUACUGAUAAAUCAGCUGUGUCUGAAACCAAACAAAAAAAUUUUCGUUUUAAAUGAAGUUGUAUUUUAAGAGACUUACACUAGAUGGCGACAUUUACCAAAGUUAGUUUUAACGUUUGUGGUUUUGGUUCUGUAUGUAAUAUUAAAAAUAAAUUGCUGAUCUGCUUCUGA